AAAGAGCUUAUGAAACUUGCUCCAAUCGUUACCCUCAGCUACUCCGUAAGAACAGAAACGUCUGGCUAGUUUGACUCCGGAUCACAAGCCCUUCCUCAACACACCAGGAUCCCCACCCCCCGCCUUCCAUCCCUCUUUUUUUCUGUUUUGAAGUUAUCCCUUUCUUGGUUUCACGUCUCAGAUCAAAGGCUCUCUCCUCCUCCAGAUUGCAAGCUAUGGGGGAAGCAUAUCCUGAUGGAAUUCCAGUGCCCAGUCCAGUGCCUGACACUUGGCAGGGAGAGGGAGUGAAGAGUUGGUGGUUCUGGGUUCAGUGAGCCCUCACCAAGGUUUCUCAAAAUGAUCUUGGAGGAUAUGCUUCAUCUCUGCUCCCACUUGGUUUGGAGCCCAAUGGGAAACCUUUUAAUUAUCAGAGAAAAAGUUGAAUUGAUUUGUUUCAUUUUUUGAAUCUAGUCGACAAAUAAGUCUUGAGCAUCUUCCGUCCAAGCAAAUCCUGCAUGAGGAGCCAUGGGAAAGCCUUAUGACUCAGUGGAAAGACACAGGCUUUAGGACCAGUCAUGUUGAGUUCAGAUUCAGGCUCUGCAGCUCACCAGCUUUGUGGCUGUUUAACCCCAGGGUUUAACCUCUCAAAGCCUUUGGUCUCCACAUGGGCAAGCAAGGAUACUCAUACCUGACUUGCAGAAUGAUAGAUUAACCCUCCUAAGGAAACUUGUACAGAUCCUUCUGAUGCCUCCUACCAAAGUGAACAGAAACCAAGUGGUGAUAGCAGGUCAGAUCAUGGCUUGGCAUCCCAAAGAGAUGACAGGGCAGACCGUGGCCCCAGAAUGACUAAAAGUUUCCUGCAAAAACUCUGCAAGGAACACAAGCUUUAUAUUACCCCGGCAUUGAAUGAUACACUUUAUCUACACUAUAAAGCAGGUUCACCCCUCACCUGCCCCCACUCCCAGCCAUGGAGGCAAGAUGGCUGCAGCGGCCCUCGCUCCCCCUUACCAGGCUGGCACUUUCAACAGACAGAGGACCUCUCACCAGUGGAGCCAGCAAAACCUCCCAGGGUUCUUCCCUACUGGCUCCGCUUGGCUAAGUGUGACCAGCCCCAGAUGGAUGGUUUUGAUCGCAUCGAGAAUCUGGAAGAGUACACGGGGCUGCGCUGUCUUUGGCUGGAGUGCAAUGGGAUACAGAAAAUCGAGAACCUGGAGGCACAGACCGAACUGCGUUGCCUCUUCUUGCACGUGAACUUGAUUCAUAAAAUCGAAAACCUAGAGCCUCUGCAGAAACUAGAUGCUCUUAAUCUCAGCAACAAUUACGUCAAGACCAUUGAAAACCUCUCCUGCCUGCCGGUCCUGAACACCUUACAGAUGGCACACAAUCACCUAGAGACUGUGGCAGACAUUCAGCAUCUAAAGGAAUGUUUGAAGCUUUGUGUCCUUGAUCUUUCCCACAAUAGGCUGAGUGACCCAGAGAUCCUGAGUGUUCUUGAGAACAUGGCUGAUUUGCGUGUACUGAAUUUGAUUGGAAACCCAGUUAUUCGGCACAUCCCUAAUUAUCGAAGGACGGUUACGGUUCGACUGAAAUAUUUAACGUACCUGGACGAUAGGCCAGUUUUUCCAAAGGACAGAGCGUGUGCCGAGGCCUGGGCGAGGGGAGGGUAUGCGGCGGAGAAGGAGGAACGACAGCAGUGGGAGAGCAGAGAGCGGAAGAAGAUUGCAGACAGCAUCGAAGCCUUAGCCAUGGUCAAGCGGCAGGCGGCCGAGAGAAGGAGACAGAAAGAAAGCCAAGCGGAAGAUACGUGCUCUCCCCAAGGGGAGACCCCACCGCCAAACAAUGACGACAGUGUGGGUGCCCACGCGGAAGAAAAGGAGGGUCCUUCUGUGGACCAAGAAACUCGGCAGAAGAUGGAGUCAUUUGUGAAGGAAAGCUUCCAGGCUAAGGAUGAGCUAUUCCCAGAAAAGCCAAGUGGAGAAACGGAGCUGCCAGUGGAUGAGAUUGAAGAGAUUGAAGACCAAGAGCCAGGAGGCACGCUCCCAGCUGAGGCUCUGGCACCAGCGCCCACUCUCGGUGCUGCCAGGGAAGACUCCACUCCUCCCACUGUGGCCACCAAGGAUGAAUUAGUUACCAAACUCGAAGGAGCUGACGGUUUAGAAGCCGUUAAAAUGGAGACUCUGGAGAAGUUCUUCAUCCAUGACCUACCAGACUUGGAAGACGUUGAUACAGGCGACUUUUCCGAAGACCCCCACAAGGAAAUGUGCCUUCCGAAGAUUGAAACGAUUUCGGGCCUGAGUGAUGACAGUGACCCUGAACUGGACCCCACAUCACUCCCAGUGUUGGAGAAGGUGUCCCCAGAUGCCCUCUCAAAUAUAUUCGCAAUUUCCAAAGACACCUCACAGAAGGCUGAGACACCCUUUACAGACAUCUUGAAAAAAGAAACCGAGAGGGACCUGGGGACGCAAAGCACAGACACCAAGUCCCCACGGCCGUUGAUUGAAGAGCUCGACCACGAGCCUUUAGACCCCCUGCCGAUGCCCCCAACCUGCAAGACGGAUGCCAAGCCCACCCCUGCCUGGGAGGACAGGGGCAGGGAGGAGCUGUCAGCCUCUCCUCCAGGAAACAGCACUGAAAACAAUGAGACACAGUCCAAGAUUGAGGGGCCCGAGGAGUCUGGGAUGGGGGAAGACCGAGAGGACGAUGAAUUUGGGUUGGACUGAGCCCCUGGGCCAACAGUGCCAGCCCGUGGGCGGCUGGGCCCCAAGGCCUGACCUCUGGCGGGCACAGGCCAGCCCCUUGUCCGGUGCCCCUUCCACAUGCUGCUGUUCCUGAGGUCUGUGCCCAGGACUUUGCUGCAAGCCAUGCCAAGGGGUGCAGCUCAUCUCUCCUCCUUUCUCGGCCUUCGGGAUGUGGAACAGGGUUGGGUUUCUUGUAAUCGAGACAUAAUACAAUGUCCUCCCACUUACUUGUUGUAAAAACCAUACAACUUUAAGUGUCUUGUUUGAACAUUAUAAACAUUUUAAUAU